AUCUUUGUUCCGCUUCUUCCCUCUUUUCUCAAGUGUGCAAUAUGGCGAAUAGCAAGUACAAAUAUGUGAAGUCAUUUGAGGUGGAUGAUAUGAUCAUGCAGCGCUACACCAUCAUCAUCCAUGUUGAUGCCCGUGAUUUCUGCAGGUUUUCUCAAUUGCAUAAUUUUGAGAAACCAAAUGAUGAGAAAGCAUUGGAGUUGAUGAAUGAGUGUGCCAAUGCUGUUUUGAAGCAGUUUCCAGAAGUUGUUUUCUCCUAUGGUUACGGUGCUGAGUUCAGUUUCAUAUUCAAAAAGGAAACCGACUUCUACAAACGCCGUGGCAGCAAGAUACUCUCUCUUAUUGUGUCUUUCUUUACAUCCACUUACGUUACCAAGUGGAGGGCUCUUUUUCCUCAGAAAGAGUUGAAAUAUGCCCCUUCAUUUCGGGCUCGAGUUUUUUGCUGUGAGCUUCUUCAAGCUUAUCUUUUAUGGAGGCAAGAGGAAUGUCUUUGGCAGCUGAUUAAAAGUGGAAAGAGUAAAAAGAAAGCACAAGCCACAUUGAGGGGGUCUCUUUACCAGUCUUUUAACAUCGACUUUCGCCAAGGUACAUGCAUUCUCAAGACAAAGGUUGAAGAAAUUGUGAAGCACAAAGCUGAUGGCUCCCCUGUCAUAAGACCUAGGAGCAAAGUCUUAACAGUUCACUCAGAAAAUAUCGCAUCAAAAAGAUUUUGGAAUGAAAAUAAGUGUUUAUCGGAAGAAGAGCUGGGACAAUUUUGUAAUGCGUUGAAGAAAACUAGACCUGAGUACAUCAAAUAUUGGAAUUUCCAAUACGAGAGCAGAUUGAAGCUGUCCACCUGGAUUGUUGUUCGCAUUGAUGGCCGUCAUUUCCACAGCUUUUCUGACGAUCAUGAGUUUGAGAAGCCAAAUGAUGCACGAGCUCUCAAUCUAAUGAAUGCAUGCGCGGUUGCUGUACUGGAAGAGUUUAGGGAUGUCGUUUUUGCUUAUGGUGUUAGUGAUGAGUACAGCUUUGUUUUGAAUAAGGACUCCCGGCUAUAUCAAAGAUGUGCCAGUGAGAUAGUUUCUUCUGUAGUAUCUUUCUUCUCUUCAACAUACAUAAUGAGAUGGAAUGAGUUUUUCCCGGAAAAAGAGAUGAAAUACCUACCGUAUUUUGAUGGCCGUGCUGUUUGCUACCCAUCUAGUGAGAUCAAAGAUUAUCUAGCAUGGAGACAAGUUGAUUGUCACAUAAACAAUCAGUACAAUACUUGCUUCUGGUUGCUCGUGAAGUCCGGAAAGAGCAAGGGCGAGGCACAAAACGAGUUGCAGAAGACUCAAACUCCGGAGAAAAAUGAAAUUCUUGAUAGACUCACUGGAGUUCCCAACUAUUACGACACAUUGCCACCUAUGUUCCGCGUGGGUUCGUCCGUUUUCUGGGACAAAGAGACGAAGCUAGUUGUUGUAGAAAAUUGCAACAUAAUCGAGACAGGCUUCUGGGAAGCGCACCCUCAGAUACUAGAGAAGAAGGUGGAUCGUUUUAAAGCACUUCAAAACAUCGUUUUAAUAUUUUUUAUUGCCUCGUCAAUGUUAGCAUUAUUAGUGACUAAUUUAUUUUCUAAUUAAUAUUUGAAAAAAAAGUAUUUAAGAGAAGUCCCAAUAGGUGUUUAGAACGAAGUUUUCUU